GUGUUCUCUCAGGUCUGAUGAGUAUUCCUGCUGCUGCAUCAGUUCAGUCAGGAGGUGGAGAGAUGCAAUCACCUGGGGCCAUUAGCCCUUCAUUCCUCCCGCCCCCAAGUGGAAAAGUUCCAGGUCGCAAGAGGGGUCGUCCACCCCUGAAGAGGCACCCGGAAUACCAGAGUCGCUAUCCAGAAUCCCUUCCACCCAUUAAAGUGCCUAAGAAAAGAGGAAGGAAGCCUGGCUUUAAGCUGAAGUCUCGCUUGAUGACUCCCCUGGCUAUCUCUCCUCCCAGCAGCACCCCAGAGCCAGACAUGAGCUCAAUCCCCCAGGACGCAGCUACUAUCCCCCACUCUGCCACCCCGCAGGUCCUCACAGUGUGUAUCUACGUGAAUAAGCAGGUGAACACGGGUCCUAACCUGGACAGGCAGAAGGUGCUGCAGCUGCCGGAUCACUUGGGUCCCGCCAGGCCCUCUGUGGUGCUCCAGCAGGCGGUGCAGGGCUGCAUCGACAGCGCGUUUCAACAGAAAGCUGUCUUCACCUUGCUUACAGAGGGCUACGGAGGAGAAAAGAUCUCAGCCACCUUUGAUGGUAAACAGCAUCUGUUAAGUUUGCCAGUGGUCAACAGUGUAGGUUAUGUUCUACGCUUCCUUAAGAAGUUGUGCCGAAGCCUGAUGUGUGAGAACCUCUUCAGUGACCAGCCCAUCGCUCCUUCAUCGUCCCCCUCGUCCUCUUCCUCAUUCCACACUGAAAAGCACUCAGACGGACAGCCCAAGUCAACAGACUCGAUGGUGGAUGAUUACCAUGGAGAUUCAAUGGACCCCAAGCGGUAUUCUGUUGACCCCAGCGACUCUGCUUUUGGAGCGAUGUCCUCACCGUACACGGCGAGUAAACCUGCAUAUGGUUUUCGUUCUGGCCCCGUCUACUCUGGAGGUGUGUGCAGGCAGGCAGCCAGUCCCAGCACAUUCCAGGAAGGAAACAGAAGUGCCUACAGUCCAUCCCCAGAUGGAGGGGAGGCGAAGCCCCCACCCAGUAAGGAUCCAUCCAGGUGGAGCGUGGAUGAGGUGGUGUGGUUUAUCAAAGAUGCAGAUCCUCAAGCGCUGGGCCCUCACGUGGAUCUCUUCCGAAAACAUGAGAUUGAUGGGGAUGCUCUUCUUCUCCUGAAGAGUGACAUGAUCAUGAAGUACCUGGGACUCAAACUGGGCCCGGCUCUCAAGCUCUGCUACCACAUUGACAAGCUAAAACAGAACAAGUUCUGACCGGUCUCUGCACCUUACACACACACAGAUGGAUUCACUCACAGUAUUUACUCUCACUCUCAUUUGUUGUAGUACUGGACGUUUUUAUUGCCCAUUCUUUGGUCAUUCAAGGACAAGCACCAGAGCAUUGUUUUUUACUUGUGUGGUAUGUCUGCCUGUAUAUUGGGGCAUUUCACUGACCGGAACAUUUGCUUGUUCUAAUUUUAAGUGUGCAAGACUUUUAUUGCUUACUUGAUUGAUAUUUGAACACUGCUCUAAUCAAAAGGCAAGUCAUCUCAGCUGCUUUCUGGGAUUUGAGUUUUUAUCGUCAAGUGAGAGUGCGGAUUAAUUACAACUGUAAAUUAUCCUUCAAAUGAACGGAGUUGAAACAAACGUAUUAGGUCACAGGCAAACCCGCUCCCAUUUUUACAGAGCCAUGGACUGUGACUAAAACCCUGUGAACUUCAGCCACCUGCUGGUGAAGUGGAGUCACUGCAACUUUGUGACACUUUACCCCACAUUUCUAACCAGACAUUCAGCUUCUUAUUUUGCGGAGAGCUACUUCGAAGGCCGAUACCCUGGGAGAACCUAACUUACAGAAUUCAGCAUUGUGCUUUUCGUCUAAACAGAUACAGUGUGCAUACAGUCUUGGCAGGGUACAAUUAUGAACAGUUUCACUUUGCAACCAGCAAAUAACAGGCACAAAUGCAACUCAGAACUAAACAGGAUACACUACAAGGCAGUUACUGCUUCAGUAAAAAUGGUGCAUUACAAACCUAGUAAUUCACACCAG